AUGGCUACCACGGAUAUUCAAAAAACGCCGUUCGUGAGGGAAUUGGCUUCAAGUGAUCGCAAAACUCGCGACAAAGCCCUCGAAUCAUUGACCCUCUUCCUCAAAGCUCGCAAAGACUUGAGUCUCCUCGAGCUCCUCAAAGUCUGGAGAGGCUUAUUCUUCUGCUUCUAUCACUCCGACCGCCCUCUAACCCAACAAGCCCUUGCCCGCGCCCUCUCAUUCUCCCUCGUCCCCAGUCUCCCGCGCGAAAGCCGACUGCGCUUUUUGCGCGCAUUCUGGAUUACGAUUGGCACUGAAUUUCACAACCUGGACAGAUUGCGACUUGAUAAAUACUUGUUCUUGAUUAGGUGUUAUGUCGGCGUUGCGUUUGAGAUUUAUUUGAAGGGGAAGAUUAAUGAUAAAUCCGGUGAGCAGCAGCAGGAGGAGGAUGCCGGAACAAAAGACGAUGAGGGGAAUAAGAAGAGGAAAAGGAAGGGAGAUGACAAGGCUAAGAAUGGGAAGAGGAGGAAACAGUCCGAUGAUAAUGACGCAAAAGCUUCGGGGUCAGAGCAGCAGCAACAAGGCGGGAAAUGGACAGAGCUUGAAUCAUACAUUUCGCUCCUCGAGGAGGGACCGUUAUGUCCUAUCAACUUCGACCCCAAGGAGAAAAAACCCUCUAAAGACGAGGUAGCCAUGCCGCAUGGUCCCGACGGACUCCGAUAUCACAUCUCUGAUAUCUGGCUUGAUGAGCUUGAAAAAGUCGUUUCCUCAUACGAUUCCGAUGACCAAAAUGAGGAGGUAGUACCGGUAAAAGAUCGGCUCGAUGUCCCCAUUGAACUAUUGUUAAGACCAUUUGAGAAAUUGAACAAGAAGUCCCAGACGAAAUCUGUGCGGAUGAAGGUGGAGAGCGAGGUCUUGGACGAUGAACGGUUGGUUGAAUGGGGGUUUCGGGAGAGGAAGAAGAAGACUAAUGGAAGUGAGGAUGACGAUGACGAGGAGGAUGAUGAGAAUGAUGAAUGGGAUGGAUUUGAUGAUUAG